GGCUCCGCCAACACACACGCGGUCUGAAACGGCAUCUACCUCGUACUGCGUGUCAUUGUACUGCUCGAUCUAAGUGUGCUCCGUGUGGUGCCAAGGGUGUUCAGCGUGGAGCUUAAUUUGAACGAUCUCUCGUUUGCAUGCACGUAACCAUUUAGGUAAGAAUAAGAAUUGUUGUUUGAGACUGACUUCGUGUAGGAGAUGGACACAAACCGCCCUAACCACCUACGACCGAAUUCAAGUUGGAGAUGGAUAAAAAAAUCCUGACCAGCCCCAAUAUAAACUCCCAUCCUGCCGGCCUCUACGCAUAUACAGUACAUAUAUCACCGGAGCCGAGCCGGCACGCGUUCUGGGCAUGGAAGGAGAGGUUGGUCGCCAUCAUCCGCGGAAACCCGAACGGCGCCGACGCGGAGGAUGUCGCGGUAGCGGAGCCCGUUGAGCGAAGCAGAUAUUGUUUCUUAUGGUUCUGGGGCGUGGUCACCUUCUUCUUGGCAAUUGUCGCCGCGAUUCUCAUGCAGGUCCACUUUCGGUCGACGGGCCUUGCCCAUGUCGCCCUGGUUAUUGUGGGCGUUAUAGCUUUUUGUACUGCAGCAUGUUUGGGGAGCUUUAUCAUGAGUCUCGCUAUAGGUUUCGCCGAGGAGGCUGAUGAAGAGGCACGAAGAGUCAUAGAUCUACUCAUCUAAAUUCACUCCCCCAUUGAUGUAUCGUGCAUUAUA